AAACACACCACAGCACGACGAAAGUCAAACAAAACAGUUAACUUAUUACUAAGUACUUAUUGUUAGUAAAUUCUUACCCUUUUUCGCCGCGCCCUAGGAGCUCUCUCGCCCAUCAGGAUAUCUCGAGAGUGAUUGGUGAACUUAUAUGCACACCUGCAUAUGUAACAGUGGCUCGUGCGUGUGUCAAUAUCAACUAUCCUGCGCCGUGUGAAAACAAUCAAAGAGAUUCAUCAAUAACAAACGACGUUAUGAGAUUGUAACGAUUCGCGAGGGCAAGUUGUUGAUUUACCAAGUUAUGUCUCAGGCAAGUGUCACAUCUCCAGUGAUGGAACGUAGCAUUCAUGAAAUGUUAAAAGAUGCCCCAUCGUUGAACGAAAGUGACGGAGCAGUUCAUUCUGGCACACCACCCCCACAUGUGCCUAACAAUAAUAGAUCAAAAGACAGUCAGUUGGCAACAAGACCAGCAACCAUGAAUUUGACUGUCAAUGCAUAUUCGUCUCCAUCAUUAUUUUUCUGUAAUGAUUCAGUGACCACAACUCCAAGUUCACCAGUACAAAACGGAGAUGCUCAGGGAUUGCGUUCAGCUCAGAGUAAAAUUGAAACAAUAAAGAACUGGAGCAUUUCUACUUACAAGUGCACAAAGCAGCGUGUUUACGAGACGUUUGGCAAAACUUCGCGCACCAUAGACUCAGAGUUAGAAACUCAAAUAGAACUACUGCGUGAUACUCAGAAAAAGUACUGCAACCUGUUGAGAUUAUCUCGGGCUCUCGCCUCUCAUUUUCAUCACGUAGUUCAAACACAGCACGCUCUCGGCGAAGCUUUUUCUGAAUUAGCACAAAAGUCGCCUGAACUUCAAGAAGAAUUUCUGUACAAUGCUGAAACACAGAGAAACCUGACCAAGAACGGAGAGACACUCUUAGGGGCCUUAAACUUCUUUGUCUCGUCUGUUAAUACUCUUUGCAAUAAGACGAUUGAGGAUACCCUUCUCACUGUCAGACAAUAUGAAACUGCUAGAAUAGAAUAUGAUGCAUACAGAACAGACUUGGAAAUUUUAGCUCAGGAUGCCAAGUCUGAUGGAACCAAUGAUGGGAGAAUGGAGGAUGCGCAACAAAAUUAUGAGUUACACAAGCAAAACUUUGAAAAAUUACGCUCAGAUGUGUCAAUAAAAUUAAAGUUUCUUGAUGAAAACAGGAUCAAAGUGAUGCAUAAGCAACUGCUGCUCUUCCAUAAUGCUGUAUCAGCUUACUUUUCUGGCAAUCAAACUGCAUUAGAAGCAACUUUGAAGCAAUUCAACAUAAAAGUCAAGUCCCCAAACUCGUCACUGUCCUCUUGGCUGGAACAGUAAUUUCGCUGGAGGAUUGAUUCAUACAUUCCUAAAACAACCGAACCCUCGAAUCCGUGGAUUAAGAUGUGCUCAGCUACGUCUUAAAAAUAGGGGAAAGGAGGAGGAUAAAAAUGGAGACACGGCACUCUAUGAUUGGUAUGUAAAAGAAAAUGAAAAAAGAAAAUGUUUAUAGGAAAACUCGCUAUUCUUGCAUUUGAUUAUACAAAAGUAUCUGUAGUUAGGAUUUGAAAACGGGUGACAAUGUUAUUUUAGAAUGUACAGUACCCUUAUAAGUUUUACACUUCAAAUCAAAGUUUUCAACGAGAUUUAAAAUAUUAAUUGCAAAAUUCAUCGAAAAAUUGUAAUUGUUGAAGUAUACAAAAUUUCCUUUCAGAUAAUUUUCAUAGAAUUAUAGGUAGUAAAAUUAAUUGAACAGUAAUUUAUCAAUAAUGACGUGCAUAGUUAGAAUAAAGUUGAAAAGUGAUAAACCUAAUAUUUUUCUACAUUGCCAAAAAUUUCAUAGUUUGUUGAGGGAUGUAAGUAAAAUGUUUUUCGUUAUUUUUAAAAUUGAAACUCGUGGGAAAAACAAUCUCAACGGAACUUAUGAGUGUUUCUGUACACAAGAAAACUACUUUCAGAGUUAGGCUUAUCAAUUUAAAAGCCUAAUACUAAUUAAACUCAAUGGAAGAUGAAUAAAUAUAAAAUUUAUACUCAGUUAUCUUUUUCUAACGAAAAGUCUUCUGUUGGAAUAAAACAAGUCCAAAGUUCCACGUUUGCUUUUGCUCAUCUGUGAUUGAGUAUCGACUGCAAAUAUCAGGCUCAUUGUUAUUGCAAAAUAAGUAUGUCCAACAGUAACAAAAACAAAAAUACGACGCUAGUCAAGCAGUUUACGACUUCCAAUUGUUUAUAACUGUAAAGCAUAAUACCGUGAAGUCGUAAAAAGUAAAUUGAAAAAUGUUUUGCAUUUAUAAUGCGUAUUAUAUAUUAGCUGACAGAUUUAAAAAAUAUUUAAAGGUUUGCUUUCAAAACCUACUUAUAAAUCGGUGUGAAAAAAAGCGUUUGUACUUUGGUACUCUUUGCACUAUUUGUAUAGGGAAAAGAAAGGAAAACAAUUCUAAUUUAAAUGUAGAAAAGUAUAAUUUUAAUUUUUGU